AUGUUCAACAUUUUGAAUCGCUACGUCGGGAUCGAAGAUGUUGGCAAGAUGCAGAACGGCUUGCUCGAAUUUGGGCUGCUUUAUGGACUACUGGUCGCCAACUUCGGCUACCAGUCUGGCGGAUUCGUCAAGUUCUACGAUGACCGAUACUGCUUGUGGAAACUCAUGAAAAUUAGCCCGAUCGUUGCGCUCGCCCUCUUUACUUAUUUUCACGGAGCUGGUUUGAAUGAGAGGGCACGCAAAAUUCAAACGCUUGGAAUCGUUCUUGGUGGAGUCGGCGACUGGUUGAUCGGCUCGACGAAGGAAGGCAUAGUCACCGGAGCCAUUGCGUUUGGCCUUGGCCACCUUUGCUACAUGGCACUCUUCGUUCCGGGAAAUGUCAAAGUCGUGCCAGCCUUCCUCGCAGGAACUCUCGCUUGGGGACUUGUGGCCAAUCAGCUAUGUCUCGUCCCGAUGAUUAAGGAUCAUCCCUACGCAGUCGGCAUCAUGAUGGUCUACUCAUUGCUCCUGACCGCCUGCCUGGUCUUCUCAUACUCCCAUUAUCAACUGGGAACCGCGCGACAUAAGGCAGGAUCUGAUGCUCUUUUCUACCGACUCCUCGGCUUCGCCUUAUUUUACGCCUCGGACAACAUGUUGAUCUUCGACCACUGCGGAUACCCCAUUCCAUACAGCGAAAUUUUGAUCCUAGGUACCUAUUACUCCUCGCAAUAUUUCAUCCUGAAGGGCCUCGUCCAUUGUGAAUCUGGAGACUACAUCGACGACGCUCAGAACCGGGGAAACGCAAAGAAAGGAGUAAAAUCAAAU